CUCCUUUUCUCCUUCCAUAUAUAGGAGGCAUCCACUCCAAGAAGAGGGAGGGAGCACCAAGGACUUCCGGCGCCUGAUCAGGAUCUACAUCUUCCAGAGCGAGUUCUUGGUUGAUCUCUUCCUCUUCGACCUCCUCCCAGGCUCUUGGUGUAGCUUGCCACUCUCGCCAGUCAAGUUUUCAUGUCUGAUCUUGACAUUCAGAUCCCAACUGCCUUCGAUCCCUUUGCUGAGGCCAAUGCUGGGGACUCUGGUGCGGCAGCAGGAUCAAAGGACUACGUUCAUGUACGCAUCCAGCAGCGUAAUGGUCGCAAGAGUCUGACUACUGUCCAGGGAUUGAAGAAGGAAUUCAGCUACAGCAAGAUCCUAAAAGAUCUCAAGAAAGAGUUCUGCUGCAAUGGUACAGUGGUCCAGGACCCAGAGCUUGGACAGGUCAUUCAACUCCAGGGUGAUCAGAGGAAGAACGUCUCAAAUUUCCUUGUCCAGGCCGGCAUUGUGAAGAAGGAACAUAUCAAGAUUCAUGGUUUCUGAGCAACCGUCGGGUCCGUAGCAAGCCCUGCAUGCAAAGCAGCUAUAUAUCCGGGGUGGAGCAUAUCCGGCUGUGUAAAAGCAGGCCGACGCCUGUGCGUUCUACUAUACACAUAAAACCUAGCCACCUCUCUGCUUGUAUGCUUGUUACCAUUGUGUCCAAUCCUGUACGAGGCUCCAUCGUUCGAUGGCUUGCUUCUCUAUCAGAAGGUUGAAUAAAUGCUAUUUCGCUA